AUGACCACUCCCAACGAUAUGGCACCUGCAACGCUUUCCCGCCCUUUCACCGCUGGCGCUUGGUGUCCCGUGACAACUCCGUUUACACCCGACGAGGAAGUCGACUAUAGCGCGCUGAAAGCGCAGGUGGUUCGUCUAGCCAAAGCAAGGAUGGGCAUCGUUCUGCUUGGAACCAAUGGAGAGGCUUCUCAUCUUAACGACUCCGAGCGCUCCGCCGUUAUCCGAGAAUCUCGGGCUGCUCUGGACAGCAAUGGCUUCACCCACGUUCCAAUCCUUGCUGGAACUGGUACGGGAAGUGCAAAGGAAACCGUCAGACUGUGUAGAGAAGCCCGCGAUGCUGGCGCCGACUUCGCUAUCGUCAUUCCUCCGGGCUACUUCAACUUUGCGAUUGGGCGCGACCUUGCUGCCCUCAAAGCCUUCUUUUACAAGGUCCUCGAUGGCUCCCCUAUACCAGUCAUGAUAUACAACUUCCCUGGCGCUGCAUCAGGCAUAGAUUUCAACUCUGAUACCCUCAUCGAGCUAUCUGAGCACCAGAACUGCUUUGGUGCCAAGCUGACCUGCGCCAUGGUCGGCAAGGGCCACCGCUUGGCCCUCCACACUCAAUCUGCCGCCUACAAGGAACGACAUCCACAAACCUUCUUCGUGCUGCCGGGCUACUCGGACAUCCUCCUCCCCUCCCUCAUCUCCCGCAUGUCGGGCUGCAUCACAGGGACUGGAAAUGUCAUCCCCAAGACCAUCGUCAAGCUCUACGACACCGCCAUUCUCGCGUUGGCUUCCAACGACAUGGCCCUCCUGGAAGAAGCACGGGCGUUACAAGAUCUUGUCGCCGAAGCUGACUGGGCAAUUGUUAAGGCUGGUAUUCAGGGUACCAAGUACGCGCUCGACACGUAUGUCGAAUCGGACAUCAAGCUGGGUGGUGCAACACGCGUCCCUCUACCCCCCACUAACGACGGGGUUAAAACAAUGCUGGCCAGCAGUCUUAAACGCGCGUUGGCAUUCGAGAAUACGUUGUAG